ACUUGUUCCUCGGUCAUUACCCUUGUUUACAUUAUUGGAGCCGGAGGGCGAAUUUGCGCAUGCGCGUUGUAUGAUGACAGUUCCAUAGCAACCGCUGUGGAUAACAUGGCAAAAUCAACUACUAUUAAAGAGGCUUUGGCGAAGUGGGAGGAGAAGUCAGGAGAAAAAGCAGGUGAUGCCAAAGAAGUGAAGCUCUAUGGCCAAAUCCCUCCAAUUGAAAAGAUGGAUGCAUCUCUCUCCACCCUUACUAACUGCGAGAAACUGUCAUUGUCAACCAACUGUAUUGAAAAAAUUGCCAACCUAAAUGGAUUAAAGAACCUAAAGAUAUUAUCCUUGGGUCGUAACAACAUCAAGAACCUUAAUGGACUAGAGGCCAUAGCAGACACCUUAGAGGAACUAUGGAUCUCCUUCAAUCUCAUAGACAAACUGAAGGGAAUCCAUGUGAUGAAGAAGCUCCGUGUCUUGUACAUGUCCAACAACUUGGUCAAAGAGUGGGGGGAGUUUGUGAAACUGGCAGAUAUUUCAUCACUGGUAGACCUGGUCUUUGUGGGGAAUCCAUUGGAAGAGAAGUACUCUGCUGAGGGAACCUGGAUAGAUGAGGCCACCAAGAGGGUCCCUAAUCUGAAGAAGCUUGAUGGGAUUCCUGUGAUUAAGCAAGAAGAAGAGGAAAAAGAGGCAGAAAAUUAAUAUUCUUACUCUGUGGUACAGUUUGAUGUCUUCACUACAACAUGUUAGAAAUUAAGUGAUUUUAUAGCAUUUACAGAUUUUAUAUUUUGACUUUGUUAAUUUAUACAGUUCUAACAGCUAAUAAAAGUAACCCCACAAAACCCCAAAAAUCAACCCCACAACUUUGUGGCAUUAUGUAGCUAUCUCUUGUUGUUAAUGUGACUGUAACAUAAACAUAUCAUAUUUAUGUUGUAUUGUAAAUUAUAGGGUGCGAAGAGUCACACUUGAGGCACAAAUAUAAAAUGUUAAUGUUUUAUAACAGUGAAGAAGAAAUCUAACAGACAAAUAUACUAGAUGCAUUUUAAAAUAAUGUAAAAACCAUCUAAUCUGUUUUUGUUUACAGUAAUUCUGAAGGAUUUUGUAAUGUGAUUUUUACUUGCUUUUAUGACUUUUUAGACAAGUUUCUAUGAUAUACAUUUAUGUGGGAUUUAUCAGUAUAUUUAAAACAUCUGUUGCAAUAAAAGAACAUAAAUUCCUUUUUGUCACCAAUAUUGUGUUUACAGAUGAUGUACAGGGAGUUGAGUUCAGUUAUUUUUAUAUGGCCAAGAGAGUUAAAGCUUAAAUAGUGAAAAAAUAACUAGAGCAAUAACAUACA